AAAAUACUAGUAUUUGUGACUGCCUCCAGCUGUGCUUGUAUGUUGCUGGUCGUUUUGACUCUUAUCACACCACUUGUUCCUGUCGUCGACGUUUUGCUGAUGCUAGGUAGUGAACAGUCAGCCAGCUACUGUAUCUUUGAGAGAAGAGAAUGGCGAGUGCAGAUGGGACUAAACUAUGGGGAGGUCGAUUCGUGGGUGACACCGACCCGAUCAUGGAAAAAUUCAACGCAUCCAUCGCCUACGACAAGCGGAUGUGGGACGCAGACAUCCGUGGCAGCAAGGCGUAUGCCAAAGCCCUGGAGAAGGCAAAGCUGGUCACUGCAGAGGAGCAGGACAAGAUCCUACAUGGGAUGGACCAGAUCCAUGAUGAAUGGGCCAAAGGUGUUUUUGAGGUCAAGCCUGGAGAUGAGGACAUCCACACAGCCAAUGAGCGCAGACUAAAGGAGCUGAUAGGUGAGGCAGCUGGGAAGUUACACACUGGUAGGAGCAGAAAUGACCAGGUGGUAACAGACAUGAGGUUGUGGCUGAGGGAUGCUAUCUCCAUUCUUAAGGGAAACGCUCUCCAACUCAUCACAACCAUGGUGGAGAGAGCAGCAGUAGAGAUUGACGUCCUGUUUCCUGGGUACACACACAUGCAGAGAGCUCAGCCAAUCAGAUGGAGCCACUGGAUUCUGAGUCAUGCGGUGGCCCUAAGCAGAGACGUGGAACGGCUUCAGGAGAUCAGUAGACGAGUCAACGUGCUCCCCCUGGGAAGUGGAGCAAUAGCUGGAACUCCAUUCAACAUCGACAGGGAAAUGCUGCGUCAAGAGCUGGCUUUUGAGGACAUCAGCAUCAACAGCAUGGAUGCCACAGGCCAGAGGGACUUUAUUGCUGAGUUCUUGUUCUGGGCAUCUCUGUGUCUGACGCACCUCAGUAAGAUGGCAGAGGACCUGAUGCUCUACAGCACUAAGGAGUUCUCCUUCCUCACACUCUCUGACGCAUACAGCACAGGCAGCAGUCUGAUGCCUCAGAAGAAGAAUGCUGACAGUCUGGAGUUGAUCAGGAGUAAAGCUGGCCGUGUCUUUGGCAGAUGUGCAGGCUUUCUGAUGACCCUGAAGGGCCUGCCAAGCACAUACAACAAAGAUCUGCAGGAGGAUAAGGAGGCCAUGUUUGACUGCUAUGACACGGUACACGCUGUGCUGCAGGUCACCACAGGUGUCAUGUCCACUCUAAAGAUCAAUCCCAGUGUGAUGGAAGCUGCCCUCAGUCCUGACAUGCUGGCUACUGACCUGGCCUACUACCUCGUUAGAAAGGGGGUGCCGUUCAGAGAUGCUCAUGGUAUCUCAGGUAAAGCUGUGUUUCUGGCUGAAUCCAAGAGCAUUCCCCUGAACCAACUCACUGUGGAGGAUCUGCGGACUGCCAGCCCUCUGUUUUCCAGUGAUGUGUCUGCAGUGUGGGACUACAGUAGCAGUGUGGAGCAGUACAGUGCCCCCGGUGGCACGGCCAAGAGUAGCGUGGCAGCACAGGUGGAGCACAUGAGGACCUGGCUGAAGAAACAGGUCCAGUGACCUCUCCUCCUCACCGCUUACUUUUAAUUUUUGACCCCAGCAUCAACUUUUACAAGCAACAUUAGUCAAAUGGAUCUCUGGGGUGUAUCCUAAAUUUCAUUUUCACUUUGUUUCCCGAUGACAUCACAUCCAUGCAUGUAUGACUAAGUUAUAAUUUGAUUAAAGUAGAAAUUAGGAUCGGUCCCCCAGUGGUUAAGAACCAUUGUUUGCCUUCUAGAACAGUGUCUAAUUUAGAAAACAAUGGGUCCAUUCUGUAGGACUGCCUUGUUGCGCAGGCCAUCUAAAGUGCCUUUGAAAUACCGGUAGAUGCCAUGGUUACCACUUUAGAAAGAUUUAGAAAAAAGGGAGUUCAAAGCUUUAGUGCAUUUAGAUAUAUUAUCCUCGAUUGUAGUGAUUUGUACAACUAUACAUUUCAGACAGUUCAUACCAUUUUGUCUUAAUGUGUUGAUGAUUAAUUAAAUGUUGCAUAUUUACAAAA